AUGGAUCAAUUAAACCCUCCUCAACGUCCAAACUUGAUAUCUUUUGAUUCUUCAGCUACAGUUGUUAGUACAUCACAAUUAUUAGAUUCAAAUUUUGAUCUUGAAUCACAAUCUAAUCCACAAGAGCCAAAGUCUAACAAGCUAGAUGAUUUCACAACUCAUGAUAAUGAAUCAAUACUUACAUUCAUUGGUGAAGAUGAAACCACAGAUAAAAAACAUAGUGAAAAUACAAUGUAUUUAGAUAAUGUUGAAGAUUUCCCAGAUGGUGGACUAAAAGCUUAUCUUGUUGUAUUUGGAUCAUUUAUGGGUCUUAUACCAUGUUUUGGUAUAUUUAAUAUCUUGGGUGUUAUUGAAUCUUAUGUUAAUGAACAUCAAUUAUCUUCAGUGGAUUCAUCAAUUGUUGGUUGGAUUUUUUCAAUUUUUUCAUUUAUAACUUAUACAACAUGUAUUUUUUCAGGUACUUAUUUUGAUAGAAAUGGUGCCAAGUUCCCAAUUGUUAUUGGUUCUAUUUUGGUUUGUUCUGGAUUAGUUGCAACUGCUUCAUCAACCCAAGUUUGGCAUUUUAUUUGUUCAUUCAGUUUAUUAACUGCAUUAGGGAAUGGAUUAUUAAUGUCACCUUUAGUUUCAGUGGUUUCACAUUACUUCCUUAAGAAAAGAGCCAUGUUUUCUUCAAUUGCAACAUUAGGUGGUUCUUUUGGUGGUGUUAUUUUCCCAAUUUUACUUAGAGAAUUGUUUCCUAAGAUUGGUUAUGAAUGGUCAAUGAGAGUUUUUGCAUUAAUUUGUGGGUUUUGUCUAAUUUUCCCAAUCAUAUUAUGCAAGGAAAGAAUUAAUAAUUCUAAAUCUCAUGAAAUGGAAUCAUGGAAACAUAAAACAAUCACAUAUUUAUCAUCAUUUGAUUAUAAAUCUUUUAAAGAACCAAAAUUUUUAUUUAAUUCACUUGGUGCAUUAUUUGCAGAAAUUUCCACAGUUUCGUUAUUAACAUUUUUUGCAUCUUAUGUUUUACAAAAAGGUUUUACAACUAAUGAUACUUAUUCACUUGUUACAGUUAUUAAUGCAGGUACUAUCCCAGGUAGAUUCAUUUCAGGUUAUUUAGCAGAUAAAUUGGGGAGAUAUAAUGUUAUAAUUUUCACAAUUGCCAUGACUGGAGUAGUUAAUUUAACAAUAUGGAUGCCAUUUGGAUCAAGUUUAUCAGUUUUAUAUGCAUAUGCAAUUAUUUAUGGGAUUUUUUCAGGUUCAAUUUUUUCAUUAGUACCAGUUUGUAUUGGACAAAUUUCCAAAACUGAAGAAUUUGGAAAAAAAUAUAGUACAAUGUAUUUUAUUAUUGCAUUUGGUACAUUAUUUGGAGUUCCAAUUGGUGGUGCUAUAAUUGGUGAUAAAUCAAUUGAUAACUAUAAUUGGUUUAUUGUGUAUGCUUCAAUUUCUGCAUUUUUAGGAUCAAUUUGUUAUGGUAUUUCAAGAUUUUAUUGUGUUGGAUGGAAAGUUCUAACAAAAUUUUGA